AUGGCUCCGAGCAGGACCACGGGCCAGGCCGGCCUCAGGGCCGCCCGCCUGCUGCUGGCGCUCUGUGGGCUCUGGGCGGUGCUGGCCCCGGGCCAGGCCUCCCCCGGCCGCCCCUCGUGGCGCUACGUGUCCUCCGAGGUGGUGAUUCCCAGGAAGGAGCUGGGCCGUGGCAAGGGCGUCCGCGCGCCCGGCUGGCUCUCCUACAGCCUGCGCUUCGGGGGCCACAGGCACGUGAUCCACGUGCGGCGCAAGAGGCUGGUGUGGCCCCGACACCUGCUGCUCAUGACCCAGGACGAUCAGGGCGCCUUGCAGGCGGACUACCCCUUCUUCCCCUUGGACUGCUACUACCUGGGCUACCUGGAGGACGUCCCUCUCUCCAUGGUCACCGUGGACACCUGCUACGGGGGUCUGCAGGGGAUCAUGAAGCUGGAUGACCUUGCCUACGAAGUCAAGCCCCUCCGGGGCUCCCCCACCUUUGAACACGUCGUGUCUCAGCUCGUGGCAGACGCCAACGCCACGGGGCCCACAUACCGGCUGGGGGAGGAGCAGGUUGUGGACCCCCAGCUCGCCCGAGCCAACGUCCUUGUGGGCCCCCGGUUAUCCAGUAAGAUUUUUGCGUCCCAUGCGGCACGUAUAAAAGGCCUGCUCUUGAGCUCCAGGUCAAUGUACGAUGUGAAGGACAACGUGUCUGAGACCGCCCAGUUCCUGCUGCAGCUGGGCAGCCUGAUGGACACGCUGCUGCAGGGCCUAGACGUCAGGUACCACAUCAGCAGCCUCAUCAUAUACAACAGGGGGGACCCCGCGAGCCUGAAGCCCUACCACCACUUCUCCAGCCCGUUCGCGCAGUACUAUAUGAGCACGCUGAAGCCCAGCCUGAACACCCACUCGGCCCUGAUCCUCAGCAAGGACGGGCCCCACGAGCUGCAGUACGGUGUGAGGCUCUCCGGCAUGUGCGGCAUCAACGCCACGCUCAUGCUGGGCUACAUGAACAGACACGUCUUACUGCUGUCCAUCAUUGCCACUAGCCAGGUGGCGCGAAGCAUCGGGGUCCAAUAUGAUAAGACAGUGGGCUGCGUCUGCCAGCGGCGGACCACCUGCAUCAUGAGCCUGUACCCAGUGCUGACGGACGCCUUCAGCAACUGCUCUUUCAAGUACAUGGGGCACAUCUACUCAACCAUCUUAAGCAGCUGCCUGUACUCAGCCACGGACACUGUGUAUUACAACAAGAGCCUGACCCACGAGCGCUGCGGGAACAGUAUUUUGGAGUCGCCCGAGCAGUGCGACUGCGGCUCCUUCAAGCAGUGCUACAGCGACCCCUGCUGCCUGACCAGCUGCAAGUUCACGCCCCGCAGCGUCUGCGACACCGGGCUCUGCUGCACCAAAUGCAAGUUCUCCCCGGCCGGCACGCUCUGCAGACCCGCCGUCAACAUCUGCGACCUUCCGGAGUACUGCCGGGGCGACACCCUGGACUGCCCCCUGAACGUCCACAUGCAGGACGGAACCCCGUGCACCGAGGAGGGCUACUGCUACCGUGGAAACUGCACGGACCGCACCAUGCACUGCAGGGAGAUCUUUGGGGAGCACGCCCACGACGCCCCUGAUGCCUGCUACGCGAUCAACACCAGGGGUAACCGCUUUGGACACUGCUGGAGAAGGCCUAAAUUGAAUAAAUUUGUGGCAUGCGAGCCCAGCGACAUGAAGUGCGGACGGCUGCAGUGUGCCAACGUGACCCAUCUCCCCCGGCUGCAGGAGCACGUCGGAUUCCACCAGUCUUUGCUGGCAGGGUCCUGGUGCUUUGGGGUGGAUGAGCACCGAGGCACGGAAACCACGGACGUCGGCCACGUGAGAAAUGGCACCCCUUGUGGCCUUGACUUGUUCUGUCUUGGAAACGAAUGCAGCGGGCGCAUAACCGACAUAGGCUACGACUGUCUGCCCACGAAGUGUGGCCUCCGAGGGGUCUGCAACAGCAACAGGAACUGCCACUGCCACGUGGGCUGGGACCCUCCCCAGUGCCUGAAGCCUGGCGCGGGCGGGAGUGUGGACAGCGGCCCCCCGCCCAGAAUGUACCGCUCAGUCAAACAGAGCGAGAUGCCCCUGGUCAUCCUGAGAAUAGUCUUCGCGCGCAUUUACAUCCUCAUAGCUGCGCUGCUGUUCGGCGUGGCCACAAACGUGCGGACGAUCGUGACCACCAAAGUCAAAGAAGUCACGGUGGACGAAGAGAAAGCCAGAAUGGAUGAAGUGACCACGGAUGCAGAGGAGAGGUCACUGGACGAAGUUUCCGUGGACGCAGAGGAGAAGUCACUGGACGAAGUUUCCGUGGAUGCACAGGAGAAGGCCCUGGAUGAAAGGACAAUGAUUAAAGAGGAAUCCAAAACAGGUGAAGAUAAAUUAGACACUCCCUCAUUCGAAACCAGGGAGGCACAGAAUGAGGGUCUAUGA